CAAAUAUUUAUUUUAGUCGCCGCUUAAAAAGUAUCAACGAUAAACAAAAAUAUUUUCUCGUUGGUUUGGUUUAACCUAUGAACAAUAUGGAGUCGCCACUGAAUUUGGCGCACCAGCAAGGUCGCAAGGCAGACUCGUUGAUCAAAGCUGGAAAAUUUGAUGAGGCUAUUGCUUGUCACAACAGAGCUGCUGAGUUCCUUCUUGAGUCCAUGCAGGCGACACGGUACACGCAGGCACUAGAGUCGCUGAGGUUGCAGCACGCCCACCACCUGAAGCAGACAGACAAACUUUAUGACCGACACCGCCGGGCGCAGCUUCUGCAGAUCAAGACAAACCGGCGACAGUACUGCGAUAAAAGCUCUCAGACAUUGUUGCAGGGACCAGUGAGUCAAGCACUGUCAGAACAUUCCAUGCCCAACACCAGUACACCUGCACCGGAAAUAAGUGCCGUCCCCUCGUGGGAACAAUCUCACCCACUGGAGGACAGUAUAUACCACACGCUGACAGAAAACGAUUCCUUGAUAGGCAUGUUACUACGACGUAAGCAGAAUACGAGUGCUGAGUUAUUGCAUCCGAUGCAUUCCGGGGUGCCAGUGGAGCGAGUGGUAUUCUCUCGUGGAGUGGCCGACAGACGAAAAGAAAAUGAGGAUUUAAAAUUUCAUAAUGAAGAUCUUAGAAAACAUGUUAAGUCUUUGAUGAAAGAGUUGGAUGGGCUGCAGAGAGAAAACAGGAAACUGAAAGAGAAGUUUGUAACAAGGGAGACUAUUUUUUCUGAUGUUGGUCAAAGUGAGUUGGAGACGAUACCAGAUUUGCCUCCCUUAGAAAUGCCAACUUUUGACUUUAACUUGACGGAUGACAUGGAGAAUAGUGAUGAAUGUGACUCAUUUGAUAUUGGAAAGGGAAAAUCAACAAAGUAAUGAUUGUUAGUCAGCUAAGCUUUUGCUUUUUUGUUUUUUGCAUAUUAUUGCCCUUUACAUGUAUAUCCGACUUUAUGUGUAAUUUUUUGGGAAGCGCUAUGCAAACAUAGAUUUUAAAGGGCAUAUGGACAGUAGUUUGCGUUCAUAUAGAUAUGUGUUAAAACAUGUUGAUUUCUCAGUGACUAUUAUUUCAUGUAUAUUGUUCAUUAACAAGAACACACACGCAAACAGAUUUCACAAUUAUUCAAAACAAAUUUCAACACAUUGAUUCCCUUCAAUUUAUUCUUUGCUUGUUAUACAAUGUAGAUAUGCAUAAUUUCUAAUUUGAGGACAUGUAAAUCAUGCUCAUUGUAUUGGUUCAAAAUGUGAACACAUUUACAGGGUCACUAAAUCAUACAUCUGACAAAACUAAAGAAACGUACAACUGAAUUUAUUUGUGCAUCAUUGUUUUGUUAAAACAAUAUGUUUGCAAAGUUUUUGUUGGCCUUAUUUCAAAAUGCCUCUUUUUUAAUUGUGUUAAAUUUACUGGUUAUUUGUUUAAGGGACAAUUACAUGUAUUCUUGCUUUGUUAAGAGACAGUAAGAAAAAUUGAUGUUAAUUUGUAAAAGGGAGAGUUUCAUAGACUGCGUUUGAAAACACUUCCCAUAAUGAUUAUCCAAAAGUCAACAACAUUUAAGUUUUUAAAAGUGUUUGUAAAUUAAUAUUAUGUAUAUUUGUUUUUAGUAUAUUCUGAACUUCGUUUCACCUCGCAAAUUAAUUGAAACAUGUAUUUUGUGCUUAUCCUUUUAAAAAUAAAUGACAUUUGUCUUAUUUCAUUACAUUUAUUAUAGUGCACGAUAUUGUGUUUUUGUGGUAACCAUCAUUUACAUGUUGUUUGCCAACAGUUUUUGAUGAUCAAGUAAAAUUCUUCUUUUAAUGUGAUUUAUAGAAUAUAUUUAUAUCAUAAGUAAAGUGUUAAUAAAACUAAAUCCAUUUUUUUAGUUUGUGCAAGGAUAUAAAUAUUACCGUUAUAUAUUAAAUGUAUCAUUGCAUACGUAUUGUGUAACAAGUAUUGUGUUGUUGAUUUCCUAUUCAACAUUUUGGUUGUAUUGUUAAUAUGUUUUUAUAUCAUAGGCAUAACUGCAAUUGUUGAAUAAAUGUGAUAAAACUU